GUAUUAAAAUAUAAAGAAUUUAUCAACAAAAAAAUUAGAGAGAUUCAACAUCUAAUAUACUAUUAUAAAAAAUACUUUUAAGUUUAUAUAAAUAAUGUAAAUUUGAACGAACACCUUGCUUCCCUAGCUCCGCCACUGGUCCCACACCUUAAAUCAUGCAUCCACUCUAACUUAGCUCUGUUAAUGAAGUAUCACCAUUUUCUUAACGUCCCAAGCAAAGUAUCUAUCAACUUUUUCUUUUUCCUAAGAAAAUAAAAUAUAUUUUUGUACCUUCCAAAACACAUGCAACAAGUCUCUUUUCCUCCAUUGACACCCAUUAUACUUCUCCCAUUUCUCUCCUCUUAGCCAUGGCUCAUAUUCUCACAGCUUUUUUCUUCAUCACUAUAUUUCAAACCCUAACAGUACUCAGUACAGCUCAUAGCUAUGGCGAUGCACACACAUGUCGAUCAUACUGCGGAAACUUAACCGUUGAUUAUCCUUUCGCAAUUCAAUCCGGUUGUGGCCAUGCAGGUUACAGAGAUCUCCUAUUCUGCAUCAACGGUGUUUUAAUGCUGCACAUUAGCUCAGGAUCGUAUCGCGUAUUGGACAUUGAUUACGCUUACGAAUCCCUCACUUUAGAUGAUCCACACAUGUCGACUUGCUCGGCAAUAGUAUUCGGCAAGCGUGGCAACGGCUUUGUUGUUGAGCAUUGGAGGGAGCAGUACUUGAGCCCAACAGUUGACAAUGUAUUUAUGCUGCUAGGUUGUACCGCGGAGUCCCCGCUGUUUCAAGGCUUUCCAGGGAAGCAUUUGCCGUGCAGGAAUGUCUCCGGGAUGGGAUGUGAGGAGUACUAUGGGUGUCCGGGGUGGAACAUUGUUGGGACGAAGAAAGUUGGGUUGGUUUAUGGAUCAGGUCCACCUGAUUGUUGUGCAGUUUCGUUUGAAGCUAUUAAGGCUAUUAAUUUGACAAAACUUGGUUGUCAAGGGUAUAGUAGUGCUUAUAGUUUAGCUCCAUUGAGAGUUGAUGGGCCUCAUGGAUGGUCAUAUGGGAUAAGAGUGAAGUACUCAGUUGAAGGAGGUGACUCUUUUUGUAAAGCUUGUGAGGCAACAAGGGGAGCUUGUGGCUAUGAUAUUAAUGAUUUUAGCAGUUUGUGUAUGUGUGGAUCGUGGAAUUCUACUUCCAAUUGUGAUUCAGUCCACUCAUCAGCUUCGCACAGAAGAACUUGGUCACUAAUGGAUGCACUAACAGGAUUCAUGGGUUGUAUUGCCGUCUGGAAGCUGUCUGCCACACUUGGACUAUAGGAAACAAAUCACUUUUUUAUGUGUUGAUUCAUCCCAAAAACAAUAAAAGAGCAAUUCAAAUAUGCAUGAUUACCAGAAGCAAACAUAAAAGCAACUUAUAUAAAUGUUGACCCCUUUGACUGUUUCUUAUAUUUACUUCAGGGCGGAUCUAUGUAGAAGGUAUGGGGUGGCACGACACCCGCACUUUACACUAUAUUUUUAGAGUGAUUUUUAGCACUUGUCUAUUUUCUCUUUUAAAAAAAUCAUAGUGUGACUAUGAAGAAUAGAACCCGUGACUUUUUCUUUGUAAAACACUUGACAAUACCAACUAGGCAAGCCUUCACGUAAUACUAACACUUGUUAGAUAUAUAUAAUUAUAGUUUACUCUUUGAA